CUAAAAGUAUUGUCAGAGUUCAAGCAUCUCCUGCCUGCGAUUUCUGCAAUCCCCGAGUCCCUCCUGAGGGAGGAACUUCAACGACGAAAUGUGGCACGCUCCUCAGGCUCAGAUGAUGCACCCUCAUGUGGUUCUCGCGAGCGUGGUGCCUAUAAUACCCCUUUGCAUGUCAUGGCACUCUUCCUCAUAUUAGGGCUGAGUACACUGGCAUGCUCAUUUCCUGUUCUCGCCCGCCGAUUCCCUCGCCUCCCCAUCCCUCGAAGGUUUCUGUUCAUCUCAAGACAUUUCGGUACAGGAGUCUUGAUCGCGACAGCGUUUGUCCACCUGUUACCAACCGCAUUUGUCUCGUUGACUGAUCCAUGCCUCCCCCGGUUUUGGAGCCAAACGUAUCGUGCAAUGGCCGGUUUUGUCGCUAUGAUAUCUGUCUUUGCCGUCGUCUUGGUAGAGAUGUUCUUUGCUAUGAAAGGAGCGGGACAUGUGCAUGGGAACGAUUAUGACACUCUCAUGGGCGACAUUGGUCGCGAAUCCUUGGAUGAUUUCGCAUGCGAUUCCUCGGACUACUCGCGCCUGGACGCUCGAGAAACCCCUCGCAAUAUUCCUUUGGAAGGUCUACUACAACAUAACCAGGAAACAUCUGAGCGUGCGCCUGGGUCUUCGCAUGGAUUAGAGCAACCGCACUUGACUGUUUCUCAUCCUGAUAAGGAGAAUGGGGAUGACGAAAACGAUGAUCUAGACGAGCUUGAUCCAUACGCCGACGAUAGUUCAAUUAACGGGCGACUCCAGCCUCCGCCCACUCAGCCUCUUCGUCGGCACCGACCGCGCUUGAGUGGCAGCUUUAGCCAGCAUGGAGAUGCAGGACUACCAAUGCAGAAUCCUCAGCGUCAACUUCUCCAGUGUUUGCUUCUGGAGGCGGGAAUUCUUUUUCACAGUAUCUUCAUCGGCAUGGCUCUUAGCGUUGCAACUGGAACGUCCUUCGUCGUCCUCCUUAUUGCCAUUAGUUUCCAUCAGACCUUUGAAGGAUUCGCCUUGGGGUCCCGAAUUGCGUCAUUAAUUCCGGACCUCUUCUCACCAUCAUCAGCGAAGCCCUGGCUCAUGUCAUUGGCGUAUGGAACUACAACUCCCCUUGGCCAAGCCAUAGGUCUGGGUUUGCACAAUCUCUAUGACCCCGCAAGCACAACGGGCCUCCUCAUGGUCGGCAUCACGAAUGCAAUCAGCAGUGGUCUCUUGCUGUUUGCCGGUCUUGUGGAACUGCUUGCAGAAGAUUUCUUAAGCGAGUCGAGCUAUGAGACUCUCAAAGGCAGACGACGCGUUGAAGCAUGUAUAUCUGUUGCCUGUGGGGCAAUCCUAAUGGCCUUUGUUGGGGCUUUUGCCUAG